AUGGCCCGUCCGACGAGGCGCCCCGAUGAAGCUUCGCCGCAAGGUCUUUAUCAACUCGGUGUCCAAGGAAGAAAAACCGGCGCGACACUGAAGGACGAUGGCAAACGCGAUGAACAGGGCAUGAUGCCUACCGAGGGCCUUUUCUCUUCCCCGGGAGGCAAUACUACACAAGUAUCCGUCGCGGCGCCGACAAAGGAACCAAUACGGCAGGCUACGCCGCCGUCAGCGGUGGAUGAGGAUGCCAGCGCUCCCAUGGAAAUAGCUUCAAGCGAUGGUCCUGGUCCGGGAACUGUUCUUCGAGAAAGCAGGAACUUCAAGCUUCCUCUUCCAAAAGGCCGAUCUCCGGCCAAGACAAAUGCGAGCUUACUACGCUCUCCGGCGAAACGAAAUCCCAACAUAUCGCCAAUGCGCCCAUCUCCCGCAGACUUGAGUGCACGGCACAUCGACUUUAGCAGUCCUUUGAAAAGGAGUAGCGGGCGGAGACGCCCGAGCACUAUAGGAGAAACUCCAAGCGACGACUCAAUAAAUGCACUCUUGGGCGAGUCAACAGGAAUGGUUGGUGCGAACCAAAUACAAACAGACUACCGGACCGUAAAUGAGUAUAGCCCCAGCGUACGGUCACCUCAACCUACACCAGUCAUGUCUGAAAAGGCUAGGGGGAAACAAAGGGCGGUCUCUAGCAAGUCACCCACGAGGCCCUCGCUUAGAGAGCCAGCGCCACCGAGUGUUUCACCGCCGGCGCCAUUUCCUGAUGAGCCCAGCAUAUACGUUCAGGAUCCCGCGCCGGAGCCAGAGCCAGAGCUAGAGCCGGCACCAGAGCUGCCGCGAUAUUCGUCAUCACCACAUGCUCCGAUACGUGAGCCAUCUAUUUCGAUACCCUCGCCACAACCACAGACGCACAAGCGUCCCACAACGGCUGUUUCGCCGACAGAAUCAACAGUGCGCCGUUCUCGUGACGAAGAGGAUGAUCGCAGAGACCGCGCAAAACGACAGAGGCAAACAGAAUCUGUAGUAUCUCGGCGUAGCGAGCAAGCGGCCAAGCGAAGACCCGGGCGACCGCUGAAGAACGGAGGCGGAAAACGUGGACCUGGACGCCCGCGAAAGAGUGACGAAGAAUCCGAUGGAGAAGAGGGCGAAUCUUUGAUGACAUUACAAAGAGGGCCGCCGAUGCCCAAAUCACGAGGCCUAGUCUCCAUGCGUCGCGAUGCCACCGCUGGAGUCGAGUCUCGGCAUAGAGGCAACGACGCCGAUUGGUGGGCUGACUUUCAGAAUGACGAUCCUACGUACGGAUACGAGCCGGCUCGCGGCCAACGCCUUGCAUCGCAGGCUAGCACUAGGCACCGACGUCGCCCAGCCGCCGCCAUGGUCGACGAGGAGGAGGAGCUCGAGGAUUGGGAGGUCGAUCCUGGCAGCAUAACUGCUGAGAUCGUGCUCUGGGAGCCCGAACACGAGCACAAUCCACCUGGGCCCGACGACACCGUGCAGGUCACUGACGAGCGAAUCGCCAUUACAGCCGAGGCCAUCAAGACUGUUGAGAUUAGUAACUCGGACGCUCGCUACGCCAAACCGCUGACGAUGCCAUUCAUGGGUGCCGGAUUGGUCGAUUUGCCACCGGGGUCGGAGAAGCGCCCCAAAAACUCGCGCAAGAUGCAUCUUGUGUUUUUCGUGCACUACGGCAAAGUCACUGUCAGCAUCAACGAGGUGCAGUUUCGCAUCUCGGCCGGCGGCAUGUGGUUUGUGCCGCGCGGCAACUACUACAACAUUUCAAACGACUAUGACUCUCCUGCUAGGGUAUACUUUGCGCAGGCCUGUGAGGUAUCGCCUUUGCCGGGGGUAACGGAAGACAUGACGCAGACGAUUGUGGCCUAG